UCAUAUAAACCAGAGUUUCAGCUUAAAGCAAAAUUAGCUAGCAGACACCAUGUUCUCUUCAGAUGAAAAUCUCUUCAACUUUAUAGUUUUCUUCAUUCUUGUAAUGGCAUUUCCCACCUUCAUCUUAUGUCAAUUUUUCACUUCUCCUUACGGCAAACACUACACUUCAGCUGAUUCAGGUACCACUAUUUCUCCACCAAUUGCGUGGGCUUUCAUGGAAAGCCCUACGCUUUGGCUCACAAUUAUCGUAUUUCGAUUGGGGAAAAAUUACACAAAUCCAUUAGCUUUUCUCCUAAUUUCACCUUACCUCUUUCACUACACAAAUCGAACAAUCAUUUACCCUCUUCGCCUCCGUAGCAGAAACACAAAGAACAAUUUCCCGCUGAAUAUUGCAGUUACAGCUUUUAUUUUCAAUUUACUGAAUGCUUACAUACAGAGCAGAUGGGUUUCUCAUUAUGCUAACUACCAAGAAGACGACUGGUUUUGGGUUAGGUUUGGUAUUGGGCUGGUUAUAUUCGGGUCGGGUAUGUUGUUGAAUAUUUGGGCCGAUGGGGUUUUGUUGGGCCUGAAGAGUCAAGGAGGUGGAUACAAGAUACCGAGAGGUGGGCUUUUUGAUUAUGUGAGCAGCCCAAAUUAUUUGGGAGAGAUAAUGGAAUGGUUGGGCUGGGCUUUGAUGACCUGGUCUUGGGCCGGGCUUGCAUUUUUUGUCUACACCUGUGCUAAUUUGGUUCCUCGAGCUGUUUCGAAUCAUAAAUGGUACCUGCAGAAAUUUGGAGAAGAUUAUCCUAAGAAUAGAAAAGCUGUUUUCCCCUUUUUGUAUUGAAAUUGUUGUAUCGUAUUGUUGAUUUAAAUGCAAUGUUUAUUUUAGUUGUUGUUUAAAUUUAAUUGUAUUGUAUGGCUAGAGUCAUUGUUACGGUGUGCAUCCAUGUUUUAUUAUUUAUCCUAAUUCUUUAAAUAAUAAUUUUACUCGGA